UAAAUUUCAGAUACCCUAACACCACAUGUUACAGAACUUUCCCAUUCUGCAGAUAAUCGACCACUAAGGAAUCUUAAACCUUGUUCUAGUUUCUUAAAGUUUGCUAAAUGGCCAACGAAGAACAUGAUCUCCCUCUCUAUGAAAAAGUUUGGCUCAAACGAACAUUUCAAAGAGUGAUAGACACCUUGAUUUUAUUCCUCCUCCUCUUACUUCUUAGUAAUCGAGUUUUCGCAUCCCACAACUUCAGUUUCCCAUGGUUACUUGCUUUCAUAUGCGAAUCCUGGUUCACCUUCACUUGGAUUGUCAUUCUCAACACCAAGUGGAGUCCUGCAGUGACCAUAACCCACCCAGAUCGUCUCUUGCAAAGGGUUCAGGAGCUUCCACCGGUGGACUUGUUUGUUACAACAGCAGACCCUGUACUUGAAUCCCCUAUCAUCACAGUCAACACUGUUUUAUCUCUUCUAGCUCUUGAUUAUCCUGCUAACAAGCUAGCUUGCUAUGUUUCUGAUGAUGGCUGCUCCCCUCUUACUUUCUAUGCCCUUCUGGAAGCCUCCAAAUUUGCUAAGUUUUGGGUUCCUUUCUGUAAGAAGCAUAACGUACAAGUGAGAGCACCCUUUAGAUACUACUCUGAUGUUACAAUAAACAAUAACGAAGACUCGCUUGAAUUCAAACAAGAAUGGUUACAAGUGAAGGAGAUGUACGACAAUCUAAGCCGAACAAUUGAAGAGGUGACACACAAAACAACUCCAUUCCAACUUGAUGGAGAAUUUGCGAUUUUCUCGAAUACAGAACAAAGAAAUCAUCCAAGCAUAGUUAAGGUUAUAUUAGAAAACAAGGAAGGUCUUUUUGAUGGAUUGCCUCACUUAAUCUAUGUAUCAAGAGAGAAGAGACCACAGUACCAUCAUAAUUACAAAGCGGGAGCUAUGAAUGUCUUGACAAGAGUGUCUGGAUUGAUGAGCAAUGCUCCCUUUAUGUUGAACGUAGACUGUGACAUGGUUGUGAACAAUCCCAAGAUUGUUCUACACGCUCUGUGCAUUUUGAUGGAUUCACAAAAAGGGAAAGACGUUGCUUUCGUUCAAUGUUUCCAACAAUUCUACGAUGGAAUAAAAGAUGACCCUUUUGGAAAUCAAUGGGUGGCUGCAUUUGAGUACAUAAUACGAGGCAUGGCUGGACUUCAAGGACCUUUCUAUGGAGGAACAAACACCUUCCAUAGAAGAAACACUAUUUACGGUCUCUAUCCUCAUGAAAUUGAAACCGAGAUAAAAGCAGGAAAAUUAGAAGAAGAUAUACUAAUACAACAAUUUGGAAGCUCAAAGGAGUUCAUCAAUUCAGCAGCCCAUGCUUCGGGAGGGAGUGUAUAUUCAGCUAAUGAUAUUACUCCUUCCAACUUUAUUGAGGCAGCAACCCAAGUUGCGAAUUGUGACUAUGAAUGUGGCACUUUCUGGGGUAAAAAGUUGGGCUGGUUGUAUGGAUCAAUCUCAGAAGAUGUACCAACAGGGUUGAAUAUUCAAAGAAAAGGUUGGAGAUCGGAGUGUUGCACCCCAGAUCCAAUUGCCUUUCAAGGAUGUGCUCCCAGAGGAUUACUCUCUACAGUUAUACAACAAAAGAGAUGGGGUUCAGGCCUUACUGUAGUCUUUUUUGGGAAGCAUUCUCCUCUUGUGUGCAUGCUCUUUGGUAAGGUCCAAUUCAGAGCAGGCUUGUCUUAUUUCUGGCUUACCAACUGGGGCUUACGUGGUGCAUUCCUGGUUUGUUAUGUUGCUCUAAUUGCAUAUUGCAUGAUAGCCAACACCAGUAUCUUUCCUCAGGGACUUGUCCUCUGGAUUGCAAUUUCUGUUUUUGUGAUUUACAAUAUACAUACUCUAUCAGAGUACCUCACAAUUGGGUUAUCUAUAACACAUUGGUGGAACAAUCAAAGAAUGUGUGUGAUGAGAACCACAACUGCAUGGUUUAUUGGAUUUUUGAGUGCUAUGCUUAAGCUAUCAAGGAUUUCAGAUACUGUGUUUGAAAUAACAGAGAAGGAACACACUGCUUCUGGUGCUGAUGGAAACAAUGCAGAUGCUGGAAGGUUCACGUUCGACGAGUCCCCAGUUUUUGUGGUAGGCAGCACCAUUUUGUUGGUGCAUUUGACAGCCAUGUUGAUAAUGUUUUUGGGGUUGCAACCAACUCCUAUUGGAAAUGGGUGUGGAGUGGGGGAGUUGAUUUGUAGUACAUAUCUGGUAGUGUGCUACUGGCCAUAUUUGAAAGGGUUGUUUAGCAGAGGAAAAUACGGAAUUCCCCUAUCCACCAUUUGCAUGUCAUCCGUGUUUGCAUUAGUCUUUCUGCAUUUUUGUACAAAUAAUAUUAUCACUUGAUGAGUAUAACUUUCUCUUUGAUACGGAUUUCAUACUUCA